AUGUCUCUUCCUCCACCAGCCUACAACAACGACCCCAUCUCCUUCGCAUAUCCUACCGUCCGCAAGAGAUGGCCAACCAUCUUGGAGGGUGCAAUUGCCGAUAUCGCCGCUCACGUGGCCCAGACCCCGGCUGCCAAAGAGUGUGGAGACCAUGUCACCGGCAAAAUCAGAGCGCUUUUGGAGGAUUUCAAAAAGGACGCCGCUCUCACGCCUUUCAGCGAGUCCGAGGUGGACAAAUUCGCAUAUCUCAAGGUGUACAAUGACCAAUUGUCGCAGAAGCAGAUGACAUGGCUCUCGGCACCGUGGCUCUUCUCCGAGUGCUACUUGUACCAAUUGAUGGAGGUGUGGUUCAAGGAGACGCGCGAAUUGAAGACGUUCGAUGUUUUCGAGUCGUUGAAAAACCAGACCUUCAAGCAGUCCUCGUUCGGUGUUCUUGAACUCUGCAAGCGGUACCAGACACUCGGCCAACAAUUGGCCGCCGAGUCCGUCGACAAAGAAACCCUCAAGCUUUUGUUUGUCGAGUUUGCUGACAUUUCCUUGUGGGGAAAUGCCACCGACUUGUCGUUGCUUGCGGGCAAUGUCACAUUGGAGGACAUCAAGAGCGUUCAAGGCGCCGAGGUGAGAAAAAAGAACGAGGAGAAAAUCUUGGUGAACGAUAUCGAGCAGGCCUGGCUGCAGGUGGUGUCUUCGUCGUCGUCGCGUAUCGAUUUCGUCUUGGACAAUUCUGGCUUCGAACUCUUUGCCGACUUGUGUAUGGCAUUGUUUGUUCUCGACGCUGGUCUCGUCAAGAACGUCGUGUUGCACUGUAAGGAAAUUCCAUGGUUUGUGAGUGACACGAUGCCCAAGGAUUUCGAUGCCUUGUUGGAACAGCUCCAGGAUCCUUCCUUCUUCAGCGACAUCCACGAGACUGAAGCCGACAAGCAGUCCAUCGACUAUUUGGUGUCCAAGUUGAAAUCGUACGUUUCCAGUGGUCAAAUCUCCACCCAACACCAUCCGUUCUGGACAUCUUGCCAGGAGUUCUGGGCGCUCCCACAACAAGCAGACUUGUACACCGAGUUGAAGAAGUCGGACUUGGUUAUUUUUAAGGGCGACCUCAACUACAGAAAGUUGACUGGCGACUUGGACUGGGACACCACCACACCUUUCAGCGUGGCAAUCCAACAGUUGGCCUCUCUGAAGCUUCCAAUUUUGGCCUUGAGAACAUGCAAGGCUGAUGUGGUAGUUGGCUUACCAGCUGGAGUCAAUGAAAAGUUGAUUGAAACUUACAAGGAGAUGGGAAAUGAGAUUGGUGAGCACUGGAAGGCUCUGGGUAAGUGGGCCGUGGUGAGUUUUUGUUCCGGUCAACAGUAG